GUUCCCCAGUUUGUUUUUUCACUUUCUUUCCACUUUCUCCCACCCAAACACUCUUCUUCUUUAUUCCCAUUUUUUUUCCUCUUUAAAUUCCGCCACCACCGUUUUCACCAACGCCGUGCCCUCUAUGAAGAACUCCGACCCCUCCGCCCACUUCGAAUCGCCUCACUCCCCUCUCCGCUUCCGAUCCUCCCCGCUCUCCGACAACGGCGACCCCUUCCACUCUCCCGAAAACUCGCCGAUAAAUGACCACCGAGACAACUCCAGGGCCAUCGUCAUCAUCGAGACUUCCACGCAGUUCGCCCAGACAGCGCCCCCCGCCACCGAGUCCGAGCACCGCAACCCACCGCCCAAUGAGCUGCCGGAGGUCGUGGUCACCCGCCCCGCGCGCCCGGAGCCUCGCUCGCCAGCGGCCCCCCGCGGGCGUGCAAGAGCGGCGCCGCCCCCUUCCCUUGCAGUGCCGAAAAGAGAGGUCAUGCUGAAAAAGGUGGCGUUAGGAUUCCGGUUGAGCGAGGUGGUUUUGUGUCUGAUUUCGUUUUCGGUUAUGGCCGCGGACAAGACCCGUGGUUGGAGCGGCGACUCUUUUGAUCGCUACAAGGAAUACAGGUAUUGUUUAUCGAUGAAUGUUAUCGCGUUUGUAUACGCAGCGUUUCAAACCUGUGAUCUGGCAUAUCAAGUAGUGGCAGGGAGAAGCAUAAUCAGUCACCACCUGCGUUACCACUUUGAUUUCUUCAUGGAUCAGGUUCUGGCGUAUCUUCUGAUAUCGUCUGCAUCUUCUGCAGCCACACGCGUUGAUGACUGGCAAUCGAAUUGGGGAAAAGACGACUUCACUGAGAUGGCUAGUGCUUCAAUUGCGUUGGCCUUUCUUGCUUUCUUUGCCUUUGCUAUUAGCUCCUUAAUCUCUGGCUACAACCUCUGCACUCUUUUCUCCUAACAUUUUUACCUCCUAUAACCUGUCUUUCCAUACAUACACACACAACUACACUUUUUUUUUUCUCUUCUCUUCCUUUGUUCUUAUUGCUGCGGAGGAAUGCAUCCAAGAGUGUUGGUGCUGGUGCUAGUGAAUUGUUUUACUGUACAGGCAGACUUGUAUACAUACAAUUGCUGGAUAUGUUAGGAAUGAUGAUGGCGGACAAUUUUUGUUCAAUUUAAAAUGCAAUUAAACGCUUGCGUACA